AUGAAUUCUACUUUGGUUUUUCUGAUGUCAUACAACGACUCCUUAAAUGAAAGCCAAAUAUUCGAUAACCAAUCAGCCAGGAGCCGAGACAUAGCUGACUUGGUGAUAAACAAUUACAUUGGACCAAUCUUGUGUGUGUUUGGAAUAUGUGGAAAUAUUUUGAAUCUUAUUAUUUUAUUCAAAGGAAAUUUAAACGAGUCUCCUUAUCUGUAUCUCAAAAUACUAGCGAUGACUGACAUGUGCGCGCUGCUGUUGUCAUUUAUUCACAUGUCAAUAUCGGGGAAAACUACAUCACACGACUGGCAAGUGUUUAAUGCAUAUAUAUUCUUUCCACUUGUUAAUUUCUUUAUGGCGGCAAAAAACAAUAUGUACGCAAUGAAAAAAACAACCUUCCGAUCGCAGUCUGUGUAUUAUCAGAUUUAUGAUUUUACAUGUAUUGCUCUUUUUCAUGUUUCGCCAUUGUUGAUAUUGAUGUUCUGCAAUGCGUAUUUGAUAUGUGCUGUUCAUAACGCAAGGUCAGUUCGUCAAGAACUUGAGAUCAGAAAUAAUAAAGAAAAAGAUUGGCAAAAAGAUCAACGUAGAUUUACUAUUACACUUAUAAGUAUUGUUUUACUGUCGAUAAUAGCCAUUUUGCCGUCAACAGUUGGUGAUUUUGCACAAUACUUUCAGAUAUCCAAUGAAAAUUACAGGAAACUACGUUUGUCUGAAUAUUAA